GGCUCUUCCGGUGUCAUGGCGCCAAAGUGCUUACCGCUAGCACACUGUGGAGAGGAGCUUUAUUGGAUGUCGUGCUUUCUGUGACUUCUACAAGCUACUGCCUGUAUAAGAAAGACCCUAGGAGACACUCAAGCUGCGCAAUGGAAUCAGUGACCUUUGAGGAUGUGACUGUGAACUUCACCAGUGAGGAGUGGACUUUGCUGAGUGGAUUCCAAAAGAAGCUCUACAGAGAUGUGAUGGGAGAAACCUUUCAGAACAUUGUGACUAUAGGAAGACUCUUGGAUAACCAGAUAGUGGAAGAAGAGUGCAAUAACUACUUCAGAAAUCUAAGAAAUGAAGACAUGGAGAAAUGCCCUCAAUAUAAAUAUUGGAAUCAGCAUAAAGAAUGCUUCCUCUGCACUCAAGAUGCUAAUGUCCAUAUUAAACCAUGUGAUUUAAAAUCAAUUGAAAAUACUUCCCGUAGAAAGCUUCCAAUUGGGCCUUUUUCACUAAACAUGCCCAUCAGAGCUCACAGUGGAGGAAAGCCAGAUGAGUAUUUUGAACUUAAAGAGAACUUGUUUAAAUGUAAUGAUACUAGAAAUCACUGUGAUGGUUUGCAAUCCAUGGAGAAUCGUGUAAGGACAGAGGCUGGAAAGAAACCAUGGGAACAUAAUCAGUGUGAAAAAUCCUGGUCUGGUCUUAGUGAAAGAAUACAACUUAGAGAUAAGAUGUUUGCAAGUCCAAAAAAUUUUAAUGCCUCUAGUAAACACAGUGAUGUUCAGAUCUCUCAGACAAAUCACAGUUGGUGUAUACACUCUGCAUGUAAGCAAUGUGGGGAAGUUUGCAGCACACAUACUAUUUGUCAACAACAUAAAAUAAUUGAAAUGGAGGAGAAAAAGUAUGUAUGUAAGCAAUGUGGGAAAGGUUUCAUCACAGAGAGUUACUGUGAACUACAUGAAAGUUCUCACACUGGUGAGACAGCUUAUGUAUGUAAGCACUAUGGGAAACGUUUCAGCACACAGAGCCAUUGUGAAAGCCAUGAAAGAAUUCACACUGCUGAGAAACCUUAUGUAUGUAAGCCAUGUGAGAAAUGUUUCAGUAGACCGGAGUACUGUAAAAGACAUGAAAGAACUCACACUCACAAAUCUUAUGUAUGUAAACAGUGUGGAAAAGCUUUUAGUAGACCGAGUGCUUGCAAACUACAUGUAAGAACUCACACUGGCGAGAAACCUUAUAUAUGCAAGGAGUGUGGGAAACCUUUCAUUACAAAGGGGCAUUGUAAAAGACAUGAAAGAACUCAUACUGCAGAGAAACGUUAUGUAUGUAAUCAAUGUGGAAAAGGUUUCAUCACACAGAUUUAUUGUAAACUACAUGAAAGAUCUCACACUGGUGAGAAACCUUAUGUAUGUAAGCAGUGUGGGAAAGGUUUCAUCACACAGAGAUACUGUAAACUACAUGAAAGUUCUCACACUGCAGAGAAACCUUAUGUAUGUAAGCAAUGUGGGAAAGGUUUCAUCACACAGAGUUCUUGUAAAAGACAUGAAAGAACUCACACUGGUGAGAAACCUUUUGUAUGUAAGCAAUGUGGGAAACGUUUUAGCACACAGAGUUAUUUUAAAUUACAUGAAAGAUCUCACACUGGUGAGAAACCUUAUGUAUGUAAGCAGUGUGGGAAAGGUUUCAUCACACAGAGUUACUGUAAACUACAUGAAAGAUCUCACACUGCAGAGAAACCUUAUGUAUGUAAGCAAUGUGGGAAAGGUUUCAUCACACAGAGUUCUUGUAAAAAACAUGAAAGAACUCACACUGGUGAGAAACCUUUUGUAUGUAAGCAAUGUGGGAAAGGUUUUCGCACACAGAGUUAUUGUAAAUUACAUGAAAAGUUUCACACGGGUGAGAAUAAUUAUAUAUGUAGGUAUUGUGGAAAAGCUUUCAUUACACAUGUGAAUUGUAAACUACAUGAAAGAUCUCACACUGGUGAAAAACCUUAUGUAUGUACGCAAUGUGGGAAAGGUUUCAGCACACAGAGUUAUUGCAAAAGCCAUGAAAGAACUCACACUGGUGAGAAACCUUUUGUAUGUAAGCAAUGUGGGAAAGGUUUCAUCACACAGAGUUAUUGUAAAAGACAUGAAAGAACUCACAGUGGUGAGAAUCCUUUUGUAUGAAAGCAAUGUGGGAAAUGUUUUAACACACAGAGUUAUUGCAAAUUGCAUGAAAGAUUUCACACUGGUGAGAAACCUUAUAUAUGUAAAUAAUGUGGGAAAGAUUUCAGGACACAAGUAAAUUGUAAACUACAUGAGAGAUCUCACACUGCUGAGAAACCUUAUGUAUGUAAACAGUGUGGGAAACAUUUCAGGACACAAUGUUAUUGUAAACUCCAUGAAAGAACACACACAGAUGAGAAACUUUAUGUAUGUAAGCAAUGUGGGAAAGGUUUCAUUAUACAGAGGUAUUGGAAACUUCAUGAAAGAUCUCAUACUGAUGAGAAAACUUACAUAUGUAAGUAGUGUGGGAAAGCUUUCAUCAGACAGGAAUAUUUGAAAAUACAUGAAAGAAUUCACACUGGAAAAAGAUCUUUUGCAUGUAAGCGGUAUUGAAAACCCUUCAGCCCACAUAAAAGUUGUCAAAAUCAUGAAAGAAUUCACACUGGGGAGAAACCCUAUUACAUAACAAAUGUGGGAAAUAGUCAUUGUGAAAGACCUUAAAAGGCUCACAAUGAAAAGAAUCUACUCAUGUGUGAAAUUGUGUAAAUCUUCCAGUGUACAUAAUUAUUGUCGAAUACAUGAAAGUAGCCACAGUGUAAAAAACAUUUAUAUGCAAGCAAUCUAGAAAGAGACUUUCUAAAUCUUAAGUAGACAUUAAGAAACUCAUUGGGAACAAAUCCUAUGUCCAUAAACAAUGUGAAAGAAAAUUCAGUGCACACAUGUUAAGUACACGACUAUAUAUGUUUUAUGUCAAAUCAAAAAUAUCACUGGGAGAAAACUAUAUAUGUAAGCCUAUUUUGAAAACUCCAUAAAGACGUUUCAUUUAGUGAAAUUCUAUAGAAAUAAUGCAAAGCAUUUUAUAUCAAGGUUUCCUCAUAUGUGUUCCAAAUAAAUCAAAUCCCAGAUAAAUAUAUGACAAACUACAUAUAUUAUGUGGAUUUUAAAUAUCACAUAUGUAGAUUAUUUAUGUGCAGUGUUUAAAAAUACUGAGUAGCCACAAAGAGGUAUUUUUACCUGAGUGUCUGAGGUUAGUCCAUAAUAUUGUAAUUAAGCAUGUUUGAUCAAAGUGUAUUUUUUACUUUCAAGUACCAUUAGGGUUUGUGCUGUUUUUAUUUUAUGCUUAAUUUUGGGAGGAAUAGGCCAUUAAAAGUCUUAUUAUUGUCAUUUUCACUAUUAGAUUUUUGCACUGUUUUGCUUUUCAAUUUCUGUGUGGGUUUUCUGUACUCUAUAACAAAGGAAAUUUUUAAUUUGAUGCUAUAUUUUCUAUUGAUAUCUAUUUACAAAGACUUGUCAACAUGAGUUUUUGACAAAGUUGAAUUGUGUUCAUACAACUUGUAGAUUAGCAAAUUUUGUUUUUCAUAUAACAUGGCGGAAUUCCUGCUUGUAUACCAACAGCACUGUAUAUUGUGUCAUGUUUGUAUAUUACAUGCUUUUAUUUCAAUGCAUUCAUUUCCAUAAAGUUUUAUUUUUGACAUAAUUUUUUUUAUGUUUACAUUGCAAUGCCUUAGUUUGCUUCACUGGCAUAUUUUUAAACCCAGAUACCAAACAUAAACCAUAUUGGUCAGUGUUUUUCAUCACCAGAAUCCCACUGUUUUAGAAUUCAACAUAUCACACCUAAGGGAUUGGACUUCAGAAAAUUGCUGGGGGCAAUCAAGGGCAUGGAAAAUAUCAGAGCAAUUUAUAACAGCCAUAAAAGAUGACAGAUCUUAGGAGUUUUGUAAGAACAAGAUGACAUAAAUCUCACAUUACAUGGUUGUCAAUCUUGCCUCUAGCAGAACAACAACAUAUACUAUAGCAGAAGAAGGGGAAUUUAGCGAGAUACCAGUCUAUGUCCCAUUUCACCACAUGAUCAUAACUUGUCUUUACGGGAAUACAUUACCUGCAGUAAUCUGUCCAGGAUAUAUAAAAUACAGUAUAAUACCCAUAACAACAAUUUGAAUGGAAUGUUCAUCAACUCUGGAACUUUUCUCAGGAGCAUGGUUGCUAAUGAAUGUUAUGAGAUUAAUGCAUUUAUUCUAUUUCCUAAUGCUUUGGUGCCAAAAUACCUUUGGUAAUCAUUGUUUUUCAUAGGAAACUAAAAUACUGGCAUGAAGAAAAACCUAACUCCUCACAUAUAUCAAUCAACUCAUUAAAAAUAGAAAUGUCUGAAAUUGUUAUUUAUAUUGUGUUCUUCACUUAUUUUUGAUACAUUUCUAUGAUGACAAUUUUUCAUUGUUCUUAAGUUUGAUCCUCUGAUGUUUUUUUUUAAAGAAGGUAAAAUUAAACAGAACAAAACUGAUCACAGAGUAACAAUGUAUGAGACACAAUUCCAAAACAAAACUGUUGUGCAUAGAUUUCUUAAUCCUGGCAAUUCUUUCUGGAGUGCGAAUGGAUGAACCAUAAUGCUGAACAUUUUUUCAUGUAUUUAUCUGCCAUUUGUAUUUCUUCAUCUGAGAACUGUGUAUUCAUCUCAUAUGCCCAUUUUUGGAAUGGGCUAUUGAAUUUGGAGGAUCUGAUUUUUUAAAUUCUUUAUUCUAUACAGAAGUCCUUUGUCUGAGGGAUCAUUCACUAAGAUUUUUUCCCAAAUUGUGAAUUUUCUUUUGCCUAUGCUGGAGAUUUCUUUCAACAGGCAAACUUAUUAGUGUGCAAUCUGAAUUAAUGAUGCUGUAAAGUAUUUUGCAUGCAACUUGAUUCUUGUUCAUGAAUUGACUACAUACCCCUAUGUUCUCAAGAUUUCUACCUAAUUUGUCUUCCAAUAAAUAUAGUGUUUCUGUUUUAAUAUUUA